AUGACCAGAGCUCUACCCGGACCGGUCCUCCUCCUCCACCUCCACCUGCUCCUCCUCCUCCUGCAUGCAGUCCCGGUGCAGCCCGGACCUCCUCCGACUCGCUACUUUGGACAAAUACCCGAGAACUCUCCGUCCGGGACGCCGGUGGACGGGGUCCUGGUCCCGGUCGGAGCCGGAGGCUGGCACGUCCACGUCCGGAGGAUGAGGAUGAUGAGGAUGAGGAGGAGGAGACCCAGAGCCCUGACGCAGGAGCUCACCUACACCGUCACCGUCCCGGACCACGGCGGGGUCGGGGACCUGGUGUUCACGGUGCCGGACCAGAGGUUCGAGCAGCGGUGGUUCGAGGUGGAGGAGGAGGAGGAGGAGGAGGAGGACUCUCCGGUCCAGAUCGAGAGGGACUCGGGUCGUCUGUACCUGGCGAGAGGCCUCCUGGAGCCCACCGAGGUCCUGGUGAAGAUCCACGACGGGCGAGGUGAUGACUACUACCUGUGCAGGUUGACUCUGAGCAUGCCCAGUCAGGCCGACCUGCAGUGGUCCAUGUUUCCCUCGCCGUACCUCGCCGCCGUUGGUCCCGACGCCACGCCCGGCUCGGUGGUGUACCGACUGUCGGCACGGCAACGAGAUGGGACGCUCGGGCAAGCUCAGUUCCUCCUACUGGACGGUGGGGAGGAUUGUUUCGAGGUGGACCGUCGCUCCGGUGACAUCAGGACCACGGGUCGACCUCUGACCCCCAGUAAGGAGUACCUGCUGCGGGUCCAGGCGAUGGAUGGGAGCGGCCGUAGAGGCUCGCCGGCCGCGGUGGCCAUCCUGGCCGGAUAUCGACCGCCGCAGUUCACCAACGCCACCUACAGCCUGAACGUACCGGAGAACACGGCCGUCGGCAAACCUGUCUCGGUGGUUCAGGCCGUCUCCUUCCAGAAGAAGAACCUCUCCUACAUGCUGCUGGUGAACCCCGGGAAUCUGUUCAGCAUCAACCAGGAGAGCGGAGCGCUGAGCUUCACCAGGACGGUGGACUACGAGAGCGGACACAACCUCCACACCCUGCAGGUCCGCGCGUCCGAACCCGACACCGGCCUCAGCGGCGUGGCGGAGGUCGUCGUCCACAUAACGGAUGAGAACGACUGCACGCCGGAGUUCCUCCACUCCAUCUACACCAGAGACAACGUACCGGAGAGCAUCGCACCCGGAAGCUCCCUGCUGCAAGUUCUGGCCCGUGACUGUGACUCCGGUGUGAACUCUGACCUCUCAUACUUCGUUCACGGCGGUGACUUUGACAUCACAUCUGGGGGCGUGGUCAGCCCCGCCCUUCGCCUUGACUACGAGCGGCCCAAUCACAUCUACGAGUUCGUGGUGGUCGCCGUGGACGCGGGGUCGCCCCCCCGCACGGGUACCGCCUCCGUCCGCAUCCGGGUCGCCAACAGCAACGACGAGGCGCCAGUGUUCUCCCAGAGCGCUUAUAAGACCUUCCUCAGCGAGGACGCCGGUCCCGACACGUUGGUCGCCAUCGUUCACGCCAACGACCCCGACGGAGACGCCGUCUCCUACGCCAUCACCGGGGGCAACGAGGACAGCAAUUUCCUGUUAGACAACCAGAAGGGCAUCAUAAAGCUUCGUAGGAGCCCCCCGAGGCUCAGAGGCCCGCGGUAUGUUCUCAACAUCACGGCCACCGACGACAACGCGUCCGGCGGUCCGUUCCCGCUCAGCAGCUCGGCCCAGGUCGUCGUGGGAAUCAACGACAUCAACAACAACAAGCCGCUGUUCCAGGAGUGUCAGAACUACAGUCUGAACGCCGUGGUUCUGGAGAACCAGCCUCCAGGGUCGUUCGUCCUGCGGGUCCAGGCCCACGACGCCGACAUGGGGGUCAACGGAGAGGUCAAGUACGGCAUCAUGCACCGAGACGGGGUCUGCUCCGGGUUCGACAUCGAUACUGACACCGGUGUGAUCUCCACCACGGUGAGCUUCGACCGUGAGCGCCGGAGGGAGUGCACGCUGUCGGUGACGGCCACGGAUCAGGCCGAGGAGCCGCUGAUCGGGAUCUGUCAGGUCACCGUCCUCAUCGCAGACCAGAACGACAACGACCCCAAGUUUGAGAACAGCCGCUACCAGUACUUCCUGCGGGAGGACACUCCGGUGGGAACUAGUUUCCUGCGAGCGGCGGCGCACGACGACGACCAGGGGAGCAACGCGGCCAUCACCUACUCGCUGUCCAAUCAGACGCCGGCUUACCUGCACAUCAACCCCAGUACCGGCUGGAUUUACGUCAACCACCCCAUCUCACAGACGUCGAGGAUCAGCCAGCAGAUCGUGGCGUCUGACGGAGGAAACCGCAGCAGCUCGGUGGAGCUCACCGUCAUCAUCACCAACGUCCACAACCAGCCGCCGCUGUGGGAGCAGAGCGAGUACUGGGUCACCGUACCGGAGAACACGGCGAGGGACGCCAAGAUAGUGACCAUCAAGGCGACGUCCCCGCUCGGUGACCCCCGGGUGACCUACAACCUGGAGGAGGGUCAGGUCCCGGAGACCAACAUGCCGGUCCGGUUCUACGUCAAGCCGAACCGGGCGGACAGCUCGGCGUCCAUCCUGGUGGCCGAGAACCUGGACUACGAGACCACCAGGUUCUUCACGCUCAGGGUGCGAGUCCAGAACGUCGCCGCCGUGCCGCUGGCGUCCUUCACCACCGUCUACGUCAACGUGACAGACGUGAACGACAACGUUCCUUUCUUCCUGUCGUCCACCUACGAGGCCACGGUGCCCGAAGGGGCCGAGAUCGGAACGUCGGUGGCUCAGGUGUCGGCCACGGACCUGGACUCUGGUCUACACGGGAUGGUCCACUAUGUGAUCCUGAAGGACGAGAGCGGCGACUCUCAGUUCUUCAGCAUCGACUCGCUCAGCGGCGUCAUCGUGACUCGGGCCUCCUUCGACCGCGAGCAGAAGGCCUCCUACCUGAUCGAGGUCCAGUCACAGGACGGAUCUGAGUCCUCCAGACCGGGUCAGCAGGGUCAACCCAACACCGACACGGCGUACGUGAGGAUCUUCGUCACCGACGUCAACGACAACGCCCCGGCGUUCGCCCGGCCGGCGUACGAGGUGAGCGUUGAGGAAGACGAGGAGGUCGGCUUCAUCCUCAUCACCGUCACCGCCAACGACGAGGACGAAGGUGCCAACGCCAAGCUCCGCUACCAGAUCACCUCCGGUAACGCCAUGGGCACCUUCGACGUGGAGCCCGAGGUCGGCACCAUCUUCGUGGCUCAGCCGCUGGACUACGAGGCGGAGCAGCGCUACGAGCUCCGGCUGGUCGCCUCCGACGGGAAGUGGGAGAACGAGACGCUGGUGGUGGUCCAGGUGGUGAACCGCAACGACGAGGCGCCCGUCUUCAGCCAGACCGAGUACCACGCCGCCGUCACCGAGGAGCUCACACAGCUGCCCGUCCUCAUGCUGGAGGUGUCGGCCACAGACCCGGACCAGGAGGCCGACCAGACCGCUCUCCGCUACUCCCUUCAUGGCCAGGGUGCCGGUGGCGAGUUCACCAUUGACGAACGCACCGGAAAAAUCUACGCCCAACGACGCCUGGACCGCGAGGAGCGUCCGGCCUGGAGGUUCCUCGUCCUCGCCACGGACGAGGGAGGGGCGGGACUCACGGGAUUCGCUGACGUUCUGUUGGAGGUCACGGAUGUCAACGACAAUGCGCCCUUCUUCCCGUGUCCGGCGUUGGAGGUAGACGGAUGUUUUGUCGGCCAGGUGCCUGAAAAUUCCCCCGCCGACACCUCCGUCAUGGAGAUGCGCGCCAUGGACCUGGACGACCCCAACGAGGGCAAGAACGCCGUGUUGACCUACAGCAUCGUCAAGAACGUUCGCAACGAGAUCAACCUCGACCUGUUCUCCAUCAACGCCAGCACGGGCACCAUCUACACGGUGCUGCGCUCGCUGGACCGCGAGGUGGAGGAGCGGUAUCUGGUGGUGGUGGAGGCCAAAGAUGGAGGGGGUCUGGUGGGGACGGGGACAGCCACCAUAUUUGUUUCAGACGUCAACGAUCACCCACCCGUCUUCACCCAGAGGAUCUACACCACUCAGGUGACGGAGGACCUGGAGGUGAACAGCGAGGUUCUCGUAGUUUCCGCCACAGACGGUGACGAGGGAGAGAACGCCGUGGUGACCUUCAGCAUCGUCGGCGGAGACGAGGACAGGAAGUUCUUCGUGGAGACGGACAAAGUGAACCGACGCGGCGUGAUAAGACUCAAGAAGAAGGUCGACUACGAGAAGCCCCGCGAGAGGACUUUCAAUCUGACGCUGAAGGCCGAGGACGCAGACUUCUUCAGCCUGGCCCACUGCCUGGUUCAGGUAGAGGACGCCAACGACCACGCCCCCGUGUUCUUACCGCAGUUCUACGAGUCACCGCCCAUGUCGGAGGACGUACCCGUGGGGACGAUCGUCGCUCAGGUUACAGCUUCCGAUCUGGACUCGGGUCAGAACGGACGCUUCUCUUACAGCAUCUCAAAGGAGUCGGACCCGUACGGCCAGUUCCUGGUGGACCAGUCCGGUUGGGUGGUGGUGGCCGAUUCUCUGGACCGGGAGAGAAUCUCGCAGCACAGGAUCAUGGUCCUCGCCACGGACGGCGGGAGUCCGCUCAUGACCGGCACCGCCAUCGUCAUGGUGACCGUGCUUGACAUUAACGACAACGGGCCGGAGUUCGAGGCGCCCUACAGGCCCGUCGUUUGGGAGAGCGGCGCGCCCCAGGCGGUUCGAAUGAACGAGACCUCCCUGCUGCUCCACGCCACCGACAGGGACACCAACGCCAACGCCGGGCCGUUCUCCAUCCGGCUCCUCAUGCUCACCUCGGACGCCACAAACUUCAAUUUGACGGACUUCCGUAAUGGCAGCGCCGCCAUCGCCACCCUGCGGACCUUCGACCGCGAGCGUCAGAAGGAGUACCGCCUCCCCAUCCUCAUGAUUGACAGCGGCUCUCCUCCAAUGAGCUCCACCAGCACGCUGACCGUCGUCAUCGGCGACAGGAACGACCACCCGCACUCACCAGGACACACCAACUUCAUCGUCUACAGUUAUGAGGGUAUUCUCCCGACGACGGCGCUCGGACGAGUUCAAUCCCCCGACCUUGACGACUGGAGUGAGAAGGUGUACCGGUUCGAAGGAAAACCAUCCAGGUUGUUCAGUCUGAACCAGACCUCGGGUCAGCUCAGUGUGAGGGAGGGGGCUCCUCCCGGUUCGUACCGUCUCCAGGUGCGCGUGUCGGACCACACCUGGCCGGACGUCACCUCCUCGGCUCAGGUGGAGGUCAGGGAGCUGCCGGCGGACGCCCUGAGGAACUCCGCCUCCCUCCGCCUCCACAAUGUGUCGGUGGAGGAGUUUUUCAGCAGCAGAGGAGGAGAGGAGAGUCUGUUCUCCCGUCUGGGUCGGUUGUUGGCUGAUCUCCUUCAGACUUUACCGUCAAACGUUCAGAUCUUCUCUGCGGUCGACGCCGGCCGCCGAGGAGAGAAGUCGAUCAACGUUUGGUUCUCUGCUCACGGAUCUCCGUUCUACAAGACGGAGAAGCUGCUCGGAUACGUGGCGGCAAACAAAGCCGAGCUGGAGGCCAUGUUGGGCGUGUCCAUCUCUCAGGUGGGCGUUGACGAGUGUCCGUUCACCGACUGCGGUCAGUCUGGCGGCUGCAGCAGCGAGGUUUCCUUCAGUCAGACUCCGGUGGCUCUGAGCUCCGGAAACACGUCUCUGGUGUCGCUGUCGGCCUCAACGACGGCGCGGUGCGGCUGCCGGGGUCGAGAGGUCGUCCACCUGCCGUGCUCCGCCUACCCAGAAAACCCCUGCCUCAACGGGGGAACCUGUCAGGACGGGCCGCUGGGGUACAGGUGUAUCUGUCCGUCCAUGUUCGACGGGCCGGAGUGCCAGCAGACCAAACACAGCUUCGGCGGCCGUGGUUACGCCUGGUUUCCUCCCAUGAUGCUUUGCUUCCAGAGCCACGUCUCCCUGGAGUUCCUGGCCGAGUCUCCGAACGGGCUGCUCCUCUACAACGGGCCGCUUGGCUCCGCCCACUCCGGGGAGCAGGAGGACUUCAUCGCCGUGGAGUUGAGGAACGGGGUUCCAGCCCUCAGUAUAAAUCACGGAUCAGGAACUCUGACGCUGCAGCUGCCGCCCAAAUCCACCGUCACCGACCGACGCUGGCAUCGGCUCGACAUCAUCAGCGACGGAAAGGCCGUCCAGCUGAUCCUGGACCAGUGGGGGGCGGCGGUCAAGGAGCCGGAGGGAGUCGGGGGGGAGAGUCAGGAGACGGAGGAGUCGAGCUGCAGAGCUGCAGGAGAAACGCCCGGAAACCAGAGGUAUCUGAACGUCUUCCAGCCUCUUCAGUUGGGAGGAGUGAAGGAAACUUCUCCUCAUCGACGUUUCCGCAGUUUCACCGGCUGCAUCCGCAACCUGGUGGUGGACAGUCAGGUGAUGGACCUGGCGUCUCCAGGUGAGAGCGUGGACGGCGCUCCGGGCUGCCGGCUGACGGACGGCGUGUGCGUGACGGCGGCCGGUCCGUCCUGCGGCGCUCGCUCCUCCUGCCUCGCCGACUGGGGCUCCUUCAGCUGCGAGUGUCACCCGGGCUUCACCGGACACAAGUGUGACGACGCCGUCCCAGAGUUCUCCUUGGACUCCGGCAGUGUUCUUCGUUUCCAGCUCAGAGGAGGUGGAAGCUCUCGACGUACAAACGUUCAGCUGCUCCUCCGAACCCGCGCCUCCUCCGGGACGCUGCUCUCCGUGACGUCCCGGGACUCCAGCGAGUACAUCGUCCUGGAGAUCUCGGAGGGUCUCCUCUCCGUUCGGGUCGACCUCGGCGGCGCGCCCACGCUCUGCGUCCCCGGCCAGCGGGUCGACAUCGGGCAGUGGGUCCUGGUCGGCCUCGGUCGCCAUGACAACCUGUUCACGCUGAGGCUGGAGCAGGGCGGGGGCUCCAGGGAGGUCCAGGCCCGACUGGGGAACCGGAGGGAGAUCGUGGUUCAUCCGGCCAGCGUGACCGUCGGAGGGGAACCCAACGCCGGAGACAAGACCGACUUUCAGGGUUGUCUGCGGGACGUUCGUUUUAACGCUCAGGUGCUGCCUCUGGACGGGCGGAGUCAGGACUCGGUGACGGUGCUGGAGAGGCGGAGCGUCACCUCGGGGUGCUCCAGCGACGCCUGCAGGUCCCAACCGUGCAGCAGCCCGCUACGCUGCAUCGACCUGUGGAGGAAACACCAGUGCAAGUGCCCCGGCGGUCAGGUGACGGUGAUGGAGGACUCUGGUCUUCAUCGCUGCGUGGCGUCUCCCUGCGCUCCGUCUUCCUGCCGUAACGGCGCCGUCUGCCAGGCGUUGUCGCCCGACAGCUACCGGUGCCGCUGUCAGGACGGGUUCAGGGGUCAGCGCUGCGAGCUGGGCCAGGUCAAAGGUCACCGGCUGGCCACCCUCAGCCCGAGCUCCAUCCUCGCCAUCAGCAUGUGUCUGCUCGUCUUCUUCGCCGUGCUGGUGGCGGUGACGGUGUGGAACCAGAAAGGCAGCCGUAACAAGUUCAGGAAGCGAGGAGUUUACCACAUCCCCGCUGAACACGAGAGCUGGGAGGACAUCCGAGAGAACAUCCUCAACUACAACGAGGAGGGGGGGAACGGGUAUGACAUCACAGAGCUGAAGCGUCCUCUGUGCUCCAGUCUGUCUCAGUCCUCGUCCUGCACCACCACGGCUCCGCUCAUCAAAUCCUCCCCCGGCUCCCAGGAGGAGGUCCGUCCGUCUGGUUCCUCCUGCAGCUCCGGCGCUCCCUACCUCAGCAUCCCGCAUCACCACCACCACCACCAGCAACACCACCACCUCCAGUACCAGCACGCCGCCGCCAGCGGGCACCCCGGCGACGCCAACUACAGCCGGGACGUGGACGGGUACUCGGACGCCCAGUCGGGGUCGCGACCUCGCGUGGACUUUAAAAGCUACGUGGCGCGGAUCAUCUGGGAGGCGGACAACGACGGCGAGGCGCUGCCGGCGGACGCCUACCACGUGUGGUGCGUGGAGGGCUCGGGGUCGGCGGCGGGAAGCCUCAGCUCGCUGGGGUCGGUGGCGUCGCGUAGAAACAUUGUCUCCGCCCCGUUGUCCAAGACGAAGAAGAAGGAGGAGAGGAUGGAGGAGAGGAUGGAGGACGGAGGAGGGUUUGUUUACGACAGGCUGUCGCGUUGGGGCCCAAAGUUCCAGACGCUGAGCGAGAUGUACGACCGGCCGCAGCUCGCCCUCACGUACCGGGACGCCAUGGCGUACAUCCAGAGGAGCCACAGCCACGAACGCCUGCCUCACCACCACUAGGGGGCGCUGCACAACCUAAACACAACCCAAUCCCAACACAACCCCAACACAACCCAAACACAACCUAAACACAACCUAAACACAACCUAAACACAACCUAAACACAACCCAAACACAACCCAAACACAACCUAAACACAACCUAAACACAAGCUAAACACAAGCUAAACACAACCCAAACAC